CCGGAACACCUGCAAGCCUACCAACCCACCUAAACUCCUCUUUCGCCGUGCCCUUCAACCUAUAUCUCUCUUCCCAGAGUACAACCAAAUCAUUAUCCAUCGCGCGUGAUGUCUAUCAUCAAAAGAACUAUCCGUUUCAUCAAAAACCUGCUACGUCACUUCCCGCGUGCGGGCGAUGAGGAUGAGUUAGACUCCCAGCGUGAGCAGGUACUAUCCAACCUCUGGACCACGUACGAGGUGACAAGGGCGAUGGAGCUCGAUCCGAUCUUGAUGGACCCCGAGCAGUUAGCCAAGCUCGACGUUCUCAUCUUACCAUUUGACCUCACCAGCGAUACCGACACCGAUCCGAACAUCCCACUAGCUCUGAAUCCGGCCAACUACUUUGUCCCUCUCGCGUACGACUACGUCCGAGAGCACCCCGUGAAUCUCUCCGACUCGGACACUGCUAGAUGGUUCAAUUAUCAGGCGACCGCACUACAUCCGGAAUUCAGGGGAUUUACAAAUAGAACGAUGUCAUCCCAUGGUGCUGCAGACCUACUUUCCAGAUGCCUCCACAUCGAGAUGUCAAGCUCACGUUUGAAUUGCGAAGACGGGACACAGAAGCUCACUUGGUUAAACAAGUGGCGGGUAAGGUAAGUCCCGAGACCCCCAAGCCAGAUUCAAGGCGUGGCCGUUACAAACUAAGCGCCUUUCGCCAGGGACUUGUCC